AUGGCCUCUCCAGACCUGGGGAAUGCAAGCUCCAGCCUCGGAGGGUGUGGGCUGUUCUUAGAUCAGCAUCUCGGAGGCAGAGAGCGCGCGAAUGCAGACAGGUGAGUUUUGGGUGGGCAGAGAUUCAGGAAAGGGGCUGAUUCACGAAAGGUGGGGAGAGGAUGUUUCUUGACCUACGAUGCUUCCCAUGCCCUUUCAUCUGCAGGAGAUGUUUGGCUACAAAACCGAAGUCUGCCGGAGGGCCUUGUGCCUCGCUGGGUACGUCCUGUCCUGCGGAGUCCUCCUCCUCCUCUUCUACUGGAAGCCCGAGUGGGACGUGUGGGCAAACUGUGUGCCCUGCGACUUGGAAGAGGCCGACGUUGUCCUGCUCUGCACCACAGUAGGAGGAGAUUUUGUUCUGGAAAUGUUGGUAGUGGGAAGUUGGAAAACCCAAGGGUCUUGGCCAGGGGUUCUCAGUUUUUUUGGGUGGGGGCCCUGUCCCCCUGGUUCCAUAAACUCAUCCCCAGUGCACACUGCCCUAUUCCACCCCAUAAAAGCAUUCUUCAGGUUAGCAGAUGGCACGACCCUCUAAGGAAGAUAAUGAAACCAUAAAAUUCAGAAGGGGGGCAUUGUAUUUUUCAUCUCCAGCACCACCCUAGAUAAUCCCCCCCUCCAGGGGCUCUACGACCCACCAGCGCUCUAGGCGCUCUAUUCUCAAUCCUGUGUUUUGCAAACUUGGCCCCCACUGCUUGGUUAUGAAAGCUUCUUGAACAAUUUGGAUCCAAACCCCAUUUUUAAUGGCUAAAUCAGACCUCAGAGGCUGCGUAGGCACCAUAAAUUUCAAGUGCACGGGUUCCCUCAAUUAAUCCUGGGAACUGUGGAGCACAGUUCCCAGCACCCUUCGAAUCAUAGAAUUGUAGAGUUGGAAGGGACCACCGAGGUUCAUCUAGUCCAGCCUUUCUCCACCUGUGGGUCCCCAGAUGUUGUUGAACUACAACUCCCAUUACCCCUAGCUAGCAAGGCCAGAGCUCUGGGAUGAUGGGAGUUGUAGUCCAACAACAUCUGGGGACCCACAGGUUGAGAACCGCUGAUAGUCCAACCCCUGGCAAUGCAAGGAUGUCAGCUACAGCAUCCCUGACCAAUGGCCACCCAACCUCCAAGGAAGGAGAGUCCACCGCCUUCCAAGCAAGACGUUCCACAGCCAAGCAGCUCUUACUGUCAGAAAGGUUUUUCCGAAUGUUGAGUUGGCACCUCAUAACUCAAAGCCAUGGGUUCGAGUCCUACCCUCCGGAGCAGGAGAACACAAACUUGUUCCCUCCUCCAUGGGACAGCCCUUCAGGUGUCUGACGAUGGCUCUUGUACGUCCUCUCAGUCUCCUCUUCUCCAGCUCCUUCAACCGUUCCUCAUCAGGCUCAGCUUCCAGACCCUUGAUUGUCCUGGCCCCCCUUCUCUGCAGACCUUCCAGCUUGUUCAUAUCUUUCUUAAAUUGUGGUGUCCAGAACUGGACACAGGACUCCCGGUGGGGUCUGGUCAAGGGAGGAGAGGGUUCUUAAUGCAGGAUUCUUUCAUGUGCUUUACCUGUCUCGUGCGUAAGAGGCCCAGUAAGCAUCUGGGCCCAGGGAGCUUGCUCAAAAGGGGUAGAGAGUAAAGUCAGGCGGAAAUCUGACUUGCCUGACCAGUGGAAUAACCUCAAGUGGAUUUGCCACAAGAAGCGCCAGUCUCACCCCAGUAAGUGGUUAGAUGCGAGCCUGUGGCAAGGCAGGGCAGGAUCCUGCCUCUUUGAUCCACCCAGGUCCUCCUCAUUACCUGCGCUGUGGUUCCAGGACUCAUCAUCAUUUGGGCUUCUGCUCGCUUUUCUCCAGGAUGAAUUUCACGUCUACGCCCGGAAGAAGGUGGUUUGGCUCUCUGUGGCCGCCCUGGGCCGCCUUGACCCCACGCACCCCCCCCUUGCUGACGAAGGCUCUCUCCUGAACAAAGUCAUCGCCAGGCCGGAGUUGAAAGUAAGGGGGAACCCGGAACCGAGGGGCUGGAUGGUGGCGUCACACGGGGCCCCCAAUUAUGACUCCUGGAUUUCAUUUAUGGAUCGCCUCCUGGGAAGCAUCUCAAAGCAAUUUCACAAUGCAAUAAAAGAGCAGAUACAACAAUAACAACCCCCCCCCAGUGGUUUAGUUUAAUUAAUUCAAAAGCUGAUGAGCUUGAUCUGGCGAUAGCUGCUUCUCAAAGUCUGAGGGUCAUUUACAACUUGAUGGGCAUCCUAGACCCUUUUAAAAUGUGGCUCUUUAGGGGGAUGUGUGUUAUUGGGUUAUUGUUCUUAUUUUGAUUUUAUAUAUUGUGAUCUUUUCUGUGAACUAUCCUGAGACCUCCGGAUAUAGGUCAGUAUAUAAAUUCUAAUAAUAAUAAUAAUAACAAUAAUGAUGAUGAUGAUGAUGAUAAUGGCCCCCCUAGGGAAUCCUGCUGCCUCUGGGGGUUGCUCUACCACGUGGUACGGCCCUAGGUUUCCUAUAUUUCAAAAAGUGAAAAUCCGGACACAGAAGUUGUUGAGCUUUUUCCUGGACAUCCCAGCGAUUUCCGCCCGGACGCUGUUUCCGACGGCUGAAUCCCGACUCUACAGUCCCGCCCCUGCAACCUGCUUGGCUCCUCCCCCCCCUCAGCUCUGCCCACCAGAGGCUCCUCCCACUCUCACUGCUCUAGCCCCGCCCAUAGAAGCCUCGUCCCAUCUUCCUGGGUAGCCAAGUGCGCCUCUGGAUUAUCCCAGGAGAUGCCAUGUGCUUCCCAGAGGGGUCUGGCUGUGGCUGGGAACGCAACCCCCGGAUGAGGGCUGUGCUUGCUGUUACUGCCGCCCUGCCAGGGUCAUUUAUUUAUUUAUUUUCAUUUAUUUUUAAUGAUUUUCUAAAAUUUUAGACAGACAAAUAAACAUAAGUCUUAACUGUACUUGAUCUAAUCUUAGUGACAUUGCUGAGUGACUUCCUCAAAUCCCCUAGCUGAAUUUCAGUGUAUAUCAUUGUAACAGUUUUCCAAAACCAAUUUUUCUCAUAAAAUUAACAUAAUCACUUAACAUCUUUCUUUCUUUUCAUUUUAACUUUAAACACAUUAUUUUCUAACAUCACAUAAUUAAAUCCUAAGCCUAUCUGAUAUUUGCAAGUUUUUCCAAUUAAAUUAUCUUAGCGUAUUUAAGUCAAUAGUCUUUGAAUUUCAUCCAUUCCUCCUGGUACUCCUCCUUGCCAGGGUGAUUUAUUGUUCUGUUUUACUGCAUUAAUGCUCCACCAGCUCCCACCCUCUUAUGCAGGGGUCAGCAAACUUUUUCAGGAGGGGGCCAGUCCACUGUCCCUCAGACCUUGUGGGGGGCCAGACUAUACAGUGGCGCCUCUGGUUGCGAACGGGAUCCAUUCCAGAGGCCCGUUCACAACAUGAGCAGAACACAACACACAGCGGCGCGUCUGCACACGCACAGGUUGCGAUUCACCGCUUCUGCGCAUGCGCGUGAUGUCAUUUUGCGCAUCUGCGCAUGCGCGAGCGGCAAAGAGCAGUGAAACCCGGAAGUAACCCUUUCCGGGACUUCAGAGUCACCGCGGGAUGCAACCUGAAAAAAUGUAUAAUGAAGCAAACUUAACAUGAGGUAUGACUGUAUUUUUUUUGGGGGGGGGACCCAAAACGAAUUCCUAUGCCCCACAAAGAACCCAGAGAUGCAUUUUAAAUAAACGCACACAUUCUACUCAUGUAAAAACAUGCUGAUUCCCGGACCAUCCGCGGGCUGGAUUUAGAAGGCGAUUGGGCCAGAUCCGGCCCCCGGGCCUUAGGUUGCCUACCCCCGCUCUUAUGCAUCACCCUCCAAUGCUGGCUGGCAAGAUUUGGAGGGUGGCAUCCUUCAAGGGAUGUGUUUCAGAAGGAGGCUGGGGUGCGGGGCGUCGGUGGAAUCCCAACACCCCGAAAUAAUAGAUCAGAAAAACGAAUGCAUCAGUCGUGGCUUCUGAGCGGAAAGUGAAAAGGGGCUGGACUCUGCCGGGAACAAUGUCUCAGCGGAGGAGUCUGGUCCUGCGAGGAAGGCUGGCUGGGGCCGAGGGUCGUGCCGUGGCUCAGAGCCUCCCCUGCAGCCCCAGAAGCUCCCUGUUCGAAUCCCACCUCAGCCACCUGCAGCUCUGGAGCUUCUCUCAGCCGGGAGAGCAGCCAAGAGCGAGGGCAGCUUUCCUCCCUCUUUUUUUAAAAUAACUUUUUAUUCAAAAUUAAAACAAAUCAUAUUAUGCAGAAACAUAUCAUCCUUAUUUCCCCCCCAUUUUUCCUCCCUCCCCUCCCUCCCCCCGCAGAACCCACCCACCCCCCAACGUCCAUCAGUUCCAGUCUUUGAUUUCUCGAAAAAUGCUGUUUUCUGCAUGUUACACAGUAGUAUAAAUCCUCAAACUAUUUAGCUGAUUAUUAUCAAUAAAAAGUUUGUGAAUGUUUAUUCAAAGCCAGCCAAGGAGUCCAGUUCGCUUUGUUGCGUCUUCAGAUACUUUGUAAAGGGUUCCCAUUCAUCUUUAAAGUCACAGUUAUCCUUGUCCCGUAGCUUAUAUGUCAAUUUUGCCAGUUCUGCAUAGUCCACCAAUUUUUCUUGCCAUGAUUCUUUAGUUGGAGUUUCUUCAGUCUUCCAUCCUUGUGCUAUUAAAACUCUCGCGGCAGUUGUCGCAUACAUGAAGAUGUUUUUCAGCUUUUUUGGCAGAUCUUUCCCUACAAUCCCUAACAAAAAUUCUUCAGGCUUUUUAACAAAUGUUAAAUGGAACAGUUUUCCUCCCUUGACACUCGCACCCAUUGUUUGGUUUUCCAGGCGAGGUGCCUCCAGGUGCAGAAGAUCCGAUAUGCCUGGGACUUUUCUGCCAAGCGGUUCGUGAAGGUCGGGUGAGUCACCUUGCGCCCGGCUGCCGCCUGUCUCCGGCAAAGCACUGGGCAGGAACAAAGCCUCUCUUGUGGUGCUACAGCAGGUCUCCUUCUCUUGCAGGGUCCUUGAGGAGACACACACCUGCGCAGAGAUCCAUGCAAAGUUUGGGUCUGGGCUGACCAGCGCAGAGCAGGGCAUCAGGUACUUGCUUCACAGAAUCCUAGAGUUGGACGGGACCCCCAGCGCUCAUCUAGUCCAGCCCCCUGCAAAGCAGGAAUCAGAACAUGCAUGCAUCCAAUAUGGAAGAAGUUGUGGUUGGUCUAAAAUCAGCGGCUCAAAGCAUCAUCAUCAUCAUCACUUUUCGUUUGUAUACCACCUUUCUAUCUUACAAUGCUCAAGGCGGUUUGCAAGCUGAAGAAACAAAGAAUGUACACUUUACAGCAAUCUAAUGCGAUACAAAAAUGUGAUAAUAAAACAGCUUUAAAAUAAGCAAUCUACAUCAAAUAAAGUAACAUUCAACAAUCAUUAGAAUAGUAUAGAAUGAUAUCAGCAUAUAAAAAUUAAACAGAAACCCACUCUUAACAAUUACAACAAAUAAUUUCCAAACUACAAUCAAUAAAACAACGGCAAGCCCCAGUGCAUAAAAUAAUACAAUACAAAUUGAGAAGCAGAGACUGGAGGCUGAGGCGAGGCAGGUGGAAGGAGGUCUUGCCUGGUGGAGUCUCUCCCCUCACCUUGGCAGGAGCGGCGGGGGUCUCCAAAAGGGCAGGCAGGAGCCCCACACAGGGCUAGCUCAGUCCGUGGAGCACGAGACUCCGAAUCUCAGAGUUGUGGGUUUGAGUCCCGUGCUGGACAAGAAGAUUCCUGCAUUGCAGGGGGGUGGGAUUGGUGAUGACCCUCGUUGUCCCUUCCAACUCUUAUGGCCCUCUCAUGCCAUCCCUCUGAGAUGGAAGCCCCAGAGAGUCGGGGGGGGGGACAGAACCCCCACGGAGGUCCCUUCUCCAAGGUGGCACCAAGAAGAUUGCAAGCAGGCAUCCUUCAAAGGGCACAGCCGGUUCAUGUCCCUGAUGAACCAGGCCCCUUACGGGGUGGGGAACGUCCUCCUGACGUCUGCCCCCUUUCUGUCCCUUAAAAGCUCCUGCUGUUUGCCUCCCCCUUGCCCCCCCCGGCGUGGGAAGGGGCGGCAGGUGCCUCAGGAGCCCCUUGUAUUUCAAUUAAUUGAUUGUGAUUUUAUGUAAACUGUGUUACUUUUGCUGUUGUUGGCCGCUCUGAGCCUGGCUUCGGCUGGGGAGGGUGGGAUAUAAAUAAAAUUUUAUUAUUAUAUUAUUACUAUUAGUGGUGGACCAGCCACCCCAUGGACUCCCUUUUCUCUCUCUUGGUCAUCUGCAGGAGGGUCAUCUGUGGACCCAACGCCAUCGACGUCGAGAUCGCGCCCGUCUGGAAGCUGCUCUUCAAAGAGGUGUUUCUUCCUGCCAGGAGGCAGCUAUCUCUGUUUAUCUAUAUCUAUCUUGCUGCAAAUACUCUUAUCUUUUUUUUGUACAGUGGUACCUUGGUUCCCAAACUCAAUCUGUUCCAAGAGUUCGUUCCAAAACCGAAGCGUUCCAAAACCAAGGCACGCUUUCCCAUAGAAAGUAAUGCAAAAUGGAUUAAUCCAUUCCAGACUUUUAAAAACAACACCUAAAACAGCAAUUGAACAUGAGUUUUACUCUCUUGCAAGACCAUUGAUCCAUAAAAUGAAAGCAAUAAUCAAUGUACUGUGCUAUAAAAUAAAUAAGACAGUAUUGCAGAUGAUAAAAAUUAAAAUUAAAUUUUUUUUCUUACCUGCACCGAUGAUAGUCAUUGUUUGGAUGGGGGGCUUUUAUCCAUUUCCGCAGUGACACAAUCAAUCAGUCUACUGAACUGGGUUCCACACAGUCACAAAAACUGAAAAAGCCUCAAAAAGAAAAACACAAAAUAAAUAGCAAAGCCAAAAGCGCCAAAUACAAUGGUACCUUGGUUCUCGAACUUAAUCCGUUCCCGAAGUCUGUUUGACUUCUGAAAUGUUUGAAAACCAAGGCGUGGCUUCUGAUUGGUGCAGGUGCCCCGGGAAACAAGAGCCAACAGCUGCAUUGGUAGUUUGGCUUCUGAAAAACAUUUGAAAACUGGAACACUUAAUUCCGGGUUUUCAGAACCAAGGCUUUUGAGAACCAAGGUACCACUGUAAAACACUUUGAGAGGGUUUUUGCUUUGUUUUUUUACAAUCAAGUGGUGUAUAAAUCUUUGCAAAAUGUUAUGUUCUUUAUUUAUUCUUUAUUAAAUUUAUGUAUUUAUGUAAAUUUAUGUAAAUUUAUGGUGUUGGAGGAGACUCUUGAGAGUCCCAUGGACUGCAAGAAGAUCCAACCUCUCCAUUCUGAAGGAAAUCAGCCCUGAGUGCUCACUGGAAGGACAGAUCCUGAAGCUGAGGCUCCAAGACUUUGGCCACCUCAUGAGAAGAGAAGACUCCCUGGAAAAGACCCUGAUGUUGGGAAAGAUGGAGGGCACAAGGAGAAGGGGACGACAGAGGACGAGAUGGCUGGACGGUGUCAUAGAAGCUACCAGCAUGAGUUUGACCAAACUGCGGGAGGCAGUGGAAGACAGGAGUGCCUGGCGUGCUCUGGUCCAGGGGGUCACGAAGAGGCGGACACGACUAAACGACCAAACAACAACAAAAAUUUAUGUACUGUACCUCCCCAUCACAGGGCGGUUUACGGUAUCAAGGCCCAUGAAUGCAGAAUAUAAUAGGCAGCUGAAGAAUCAUCCUCUCCUGCCUCUUUCGUUGAGGUCCUCCUUGGCUCCUGCUGGUUGGGCCCUGUUAGCUUCUCCCAUCUCCAGGGUGACGCUGCCCUGCCGGGAAGCCAAGGCAGGCAGAUUAGCCCUUUAAUCAACAAGAGAUUUAGCCUGCUCCCGCCAGAACAUCCUGCUCUCGCUCCAGCGGCCAGUCCUGCCACCAUCAUCAUUCGGAAUUUGGAGAUUUUGGGAACUGACCGAGAGCCAAGUCGGUCUCAUGAAAGCCUGGCUCGCAAAGAGGCCUCCGGGGAGGAAUUAGGCCCCCCAUGCUGGGCCAAAUGGGAGGUGGGAGGGGCGGCCUUUUCUGAGUCAUGGUUGGACCAAAGGAGGGGGGAGGAAUUUUCCAGGGGGCAGGGAUGCUGAGCCUCAGUGGGGCACCCCAGAAGUUGCCCAUCUCCCAUCAGCCCCAGGAAGAUGCCAGCAUGGCCAGGGGUCAGGGAGGGGGAGAAGGAGAGGAGUUGGAGCCCCCCACCCACCCAAGGAUCUUGACUUUUCUGCAGGGCAGAAAGAUUCAGAGACUCCCCAUUUCCUUCCCCUCCAAACCACCAGCCCAGCCCUCUGAAAAGCACCCUAGUUUCUGGUUCCCCCACAUCUGUUUCUUUAUUUUAUUUAGUUCAUCAAAUUUAUAUACCACUUGAUUGCAAAACAACAACAACAACCACCCUCAAAGCAGUUUACCAAAAGUUUAAGCGAUCAAAAUCCAGAGAAAGGGCUUGCAUGCCAGAGAGAAGGUUUUGCUUGGGCUAGUUUUGUAUCGCUAAGAGAGCGCCGCCAAUGCGUUCAGGAUGGGGCAAGGCUCCUGUUCUUGGUGUGGCCAAGGGGCACAAGGGGUGGGUCGUGGCAGAAAGCCGCCUGUGAGUGCCCCUCACCCAGCCUCCCCUCUCUUUUCUGUUGCUGGGCAGGUGCUGAACCCGUUCUACGUCUUCCAGCUGUUCAGUGUCUGCCUGUGGUUUGCGGAGGAAUACAUUGAGUACUCUGUGGCCAUCAUCCUCAUGUCUCUGCUCUCCAUCUCUCUCACCGUGUACGACCUCAGGAAGGUGAGCAGGAGGGAGGGGUCUCGCCCAGGUAGGCGGGGUGGGGGGGUGGGCACCUCAUCGACCUCAGGCCAUGCCGGAUUUAAAGGUAAAGGGACCCCUGACCAUUAGGUCCAGUCGUGAACGACUCUGGGGCUGCGGCGCUCAUCUUGCUUUCUUGGCUGAGGGAGCCGGCGUACAGCUUCCGGGUCAUGUGGCCAGCAUAACUAAGCCGCUUCUGGUGAAACCAGAGCAGCGCACGGAAACGCCGUUUACCUUCCCACCGGAGCGGUACCUAUUUAUCUACUUGCACUUUGACGUGCUUUCAAACUGCUAGGUUGGCAGGAGCAGGGACCGAGCAACAGGAGCUCACCCCGUCGCGGGGAUUCGAACCGACCUUCUGAUCGGCAAGUUCUAGGCUCUGUGAUUUAACCCACAGCACCACCCACAUCCCUAGCGCUUUAGCUCAUGCCCCCCCCAUGCUUUAACUCACGGCCCCACUCUCUUGCCCCCCCCAAAAAAAAUUAAAGGAAAAAAAAGCUGAAUGUACAUUUCCAAAAUAUAAGAUAAAAAACAAAUAAAAUGAAACCCGCGUACAGUAGCCAUGUUUUGUGUUGUGUAGGCUCCUAUGAUGUAAGUCAUGGGCCCCACCUGCUAGCCUGGUCCCUGCAGGAUCUGAUCACAAGAGCAGGACUCUUCCCUCCUGUGGUUUCCAGCAACUGGGAUUCAGAAGCACGACUGCCUCCAACUGGGAAGAGAGUGUGGCCAGCAGCCAUCCAUAGCCCUCUCCCCCUUCAUGAAUUUGCCCAGUCCUCUUUGACAGCCAUCCAAGUUGCUGGCUGUCUCUGCCUCCAGUGGGAGGGAGUUCCACAGUUUAACUCUGUGCUGUGCGAAGAAGACUUUGCAGCUGGAAUCCUGCGAGGUCGGAAAGGCCCCUUCAAAGCAGGGAGCUGACCUGCCUACAGCUGCUGCCUGGGCUGUAAACUGGUUGGCUGGGAUACCAAUCCUGUUCCCUUUCCUGGCGCUGGAAGCGCAUCAGGGAAACGAGGGCCGGGGGCCAUUGGGCGGCUCUUGGCUGCUUCCCAGAGAGAUGCACCUCUUUUCUUUCCAUGCCCACAGCAAUCCGUGAAGCUGCACCGGCUGGUGGAAUCCCACAAUGGCGUCCUGGUCAAGGUCCUCAGGAAGGAAACCGGUGAGCCCAGGACCAGGGCAGGUCCCUCUCCCUGCUGUCUGCUGCAUCGCUCUGGCCAGGGAGGGUCCGGAUCUCCUCUCCUCCUCCCUUCUCUGCCUUCCCUCCACCUCCACUGCAGCCCAGGAGUUGGAAGGGAUCCCCAAAGGUCCUCUAGUCCAGCCCUCUGCAAGGCAGGAAUCGUGGCUGAGGGUGAGGUGCGGAAGGGAACUGUCUUAUGUGGGAAUGUUGUAGAUACUAGGAGAGGAUACAGCGGAACCUCGGGUUACAGACGCUUCAGGUUACAGACUCUGCUAUCCCAGAAAUAGUACAGUCAUACCUUGGGUUAAAUGUGCUUCAGGUUGAGCGUUUUCAGGCUACGCUCCACAGCGACCCGGAAGUAACGGAGCAUGUUACUUCUGGGUUUCGCCACUUGCGCAUGCGCAGACGAUCAAAAUGAUGUCACGAGCAUGCACGGAAGCGGCGAAUCGCGACCCACGCAUACGUGGGUUGCAUUCGCUUCAGGAUGCAAACGGGGCUCCGGAACGGAUCCUGUUCGCAUUCAGAGGUACCACUGUACCGCGGGUUAAGAACUUUGCUUCAGGGUGAGAACAGAAAUUGUGCUCCAGCGGCGUGGCAGCAGCAGGAGGCCCCAUUAGCUAAAGUGGUGCUUCUGGUUAAGAACAGUUUCAGGUUAAGAACGGACCUCCGGAAUGAAUUAAGUACUUAACCUGAGGUACCACUGUAUAUUGAUUUAAUAGUAUCCUUCCUCUUUCACGCUUGUGAGUCAACAGCAGAGUGCAUUCCCCAAAACACACAGCAGUGGAGGAAGCUGCAAGGGCGCCUGGGGCGGAGCGCCCAGGGGCAGAGCGAGCCACCCAUGGGGCGGGGCGCACUGCGGGGCCUCUGGAGUCUGCCUGCCUCCUCCCACUCAGCCACCCUAUAGUUGUAAACUAUAUGCUGAUCUUGGUCAGCAAUUUUUGGAUCAACUCUGUAUCCCCAAAUGGAAACCAGAGUCAGAGGUCAUACAUUUUCCAUCACUGGGGAAUGAUCAGGAGCUCACCAAGUUAGUGGCUAAAUAUCUCUCUUUGGUUUUUUUGUCGUUGAAAUACACUGCAGACGUCUGAUCUCCCUGGAGACCUAGAGAUGUGAUGAUAGACUGCUCUGCCUCCUUUCUUUUAGCAAAUGUUUUGUGCCACUGGGGAAGUGGGAAUUCUGUAUUGAUCUGUUUUGGAUGUUUGAAUGUUAUGCCAAUAAAAGGUUUGAUGAUGAUCUACCUGGACACAUGCAGCGGAGGAUGCUCCAGACCAGCUGUAACAGGAAGUUCAACUGCCUGGACAAACAUCCCCCUGUCUGUGUCCACUCUACGCAAACAAGGAAUGUUGUAUUUGGCUGCUCCAAUGGAUUACCUCCCACAUUUUAAUGCACCUUCCCUCUCCACCUGGCCCUUGAGAUGGGUGUUUCUGUUUGCCCAUCUGCUCAGCUCCAAGGAAAGGAACGCUUUGUCUUUGUUUAGGUAGGACAAGGGAGUAAAGUCAGUAAAGGACUGGGACAUUUGCAGGGAAACCAAAAUGCUUGUUUACAAAGCUAUUGUACUUCCCACCUUACUAUAUGCUUGUGAAACAUGGACCACUUCUAAACGCCAUCUCCAAAUCCUCGAAAGAAUCCAUCAAGGGGGUCGCCAAAAAAUUUUACACAUCACUUGGGAAGACAGGCAAACUAAUACCAGUGUACUGGAAGAAGCAAAGAUCACCAGUGUUGAAGCAAUGAUUCUUCAACAUCAACUUCGCUGGACUGGUCAUGUUGUGCAGAUGCCUGAUGAUCGUCUUCCAAAGCAACUCCUCUAUUCCAAACUUUAAAAUGGAAAGCGUAAUGCUGGUGGUCAACAAAAGAGAUUUAAAUACAGUCUCAAGGCAAAUCUAAAAAAAUGUAGCAUAAACACCAACAACUGGGAAACACUGGCCUGCGAACGCUCCAAUUGGAGAACAGCCUUGACCAAAGGCGUCAUGGGCUUUGAAGACACUCGAACCCAGGACGCAAGGGGGAAACGUGCCAAGAGGAAGGCACGCUUGGCAAAUCCACACCGUGAUCAACUUCUGUCCGGAAACCAAUGUCCCCACUGUGGAAGGGCGUGUGGAUCCAGAAUUGGCCUCCACAGUCACUUAUGGACUCACUUUUAAAACUGUGUUCAUGGAAGACAAUCUUACUCAGCUACAAGGGAUUGCCAAAGAAGAAGGAAGAAGGACAACGGAGGCUCCACUGUUCAGUUAGGGCAGGUGCUGCUACACUAAAAGAUCAAUUUCCUCCAAAUGAUUAACCAUGGAACCGGAGACCUGAUCCAACGCCCAGGGAGAAGCCCAGUUGCUGCUGCCUGAUUUUAAGCGGAAAAACCUGAGGUUCCGAAUGCCAGAGGAAAUGUACUGAUGUGCUAAAUGCUUCGGUGGUUCUUUGUUUAAAUUCACUGGUCCUUCCUGUGCGAGGAGCUCAUGUUGGCAGGGGACCCGGGUUCUAAUCCUUGCAGCUGCCUCAGGGCUGUUAGCAGAAGCUGCUAGUUGGCUAAGGGUGCUGGGAAUUGUGGCUCGGGUAUGUGUGUUAAACUACAGUUCCCUGGAUUCCCAGAGUGGUGGGGAAUGGGGAAUAUGCUUUAGACGUGUGGGGUGUGUGCAGCCCGAAUCCAGAAAGUGUGGGGCAUGGCAGACUUUCCUGAGUCACCAAGAGGGUUGGGUGAAGCUGGCACAGUAAGGAUGCAUUAAAUAACAGUUUGCAGACCAAGUCCUCAUGUGGAAGCAGGGAGGGGCAUUUCUGGUUUCUCUCCGUUUCUCCAUUUCCCACAUUUCUGCAUCAGUGAAUAGCACAUCAGUAUGCAAUUUUGCCCAACGCACAUUUCUGUAUGUUGCUUUGACUACUAUAUGCACUUUUUGAGCACACAUUACCCAAGCCUGAGCCAUUUAAGGCUUUAAACACGAACGGGAGCACCUUGGAUUGGGUGCCGAAAUGAACUGGCAGCUGUUUUGAAGGGGGUGUUAUACAACAUCUAAAUUAACUUCAAGUGGAAUAAAACUCUUGUCCCUCUAGUGCAAGAAAUCUUCCUUUUGCAGCUAGGAAAGUAAUGGGGAAAUGCACGGAAAAGUGUGUGAUGCACAAACAAUUACAGUGGUACCUCGGGUUACAGACGCUUCAGGUUACAUACACUUCAGGUUACAGACUCCGCUAACCCAGAAAUAGUGCUUCAGGUUAAGAAUUUUGCUUCAGGAUAAGAACAGAAAUCGGGCUCUGGCGGUGCGGCAGCAGCAGGAGGCCCCAUUAGCUAAAGUGGUGCUUCAGGUUAAGAACAGUUUCAGGUUAAGAACGGACCUCCGGAAUGAAUUAAGUACUUAAACCAAGAUACCACUGUAACAGGAAGACGUCCAGUCACCCCACAAGAGAAUUGGGGUGAAUGCAGGGGGGGAGAAGGGGCUCCUGCCCCACAGCUUCUACUCACUCCUCUUGAUGUUCCAGAGAAACCUUUGCCUCUCUCCACUCCAACCAGGUGUCCAAGAGGUGGAAUCUCGCCAUCUGGUGCCCGGAGACACCCUGGUUUUGGGAGGGGGCAGGAGCCUGUUGCCCUGUGACGCUGUCCUGAUCCAUGGCCAGUGCGUUGUGAACGAAGCCAUGCUGACAGGUGAGGAGGAGGAGGGUGGUGUUCCCUUGUGCGGCUGAGGGAUGCUCCCAGGGGCAAGGGUGCCAUGCCUGGGUGAAGGUGCCCAGGGAAAGUGGCAGCCCCAGAGCCAAGCGCCAGGAGCCAGACUCAGCAGCACAGGAAGAGGCAGAAGCUGCCACAAAAUCGGGGCCGGAUUGAGGUUGAACGCGGCCCUCAGCUCUGAAGCUAAUUGGGUCCUUUACAUGUCCAGCUGUCCUUUGUCAACAACAAAUUGUCGCUGUUUCUUUCAUUUUGAAUAUAUGCUAUAUGGUAAUUGAUGGACCUCAUAGGUAUCUCAGGCCAUUUGCACAUCACAAAAUAUGUAUUUUAUCAAAGCAAUUGUUGAACUGAAAUACAGUUAAGAAGAAGUCUAUUAAUGGUGAAAUAAUUAUUAAGUUUUAACUUAAAAUGAUUUUUUAUUCAUAACUAACUUAACAUUGGCAUUUGGCAAUAACAAAAGUUCCUUUAGAAACGCAGUUUACAAAGACUCAUAAACUAGUCUCUAGAAACGUGCUAUAACAUGAAAUAAUAAUAGGUGUAAAUAUAUGAUUCAAACUACUAAUAAUUAAAAAUUGCAGAAUGUAGGCACCCUAUAUAUAGAAAGGAGCAAACCAGGGAUAUUUGAGGGAGCAGGCGAGCAGGCGGGGCCCCUGACUUACAUCAUAGGAGCCGACACGACACAAAACACAGUUGCUGUACGUAGCUUUUAUUUUAUUUGGUUUUUUUUUAUAUUUUGGAAAUGUGCAUCCAGUUUUUUCCUUUACAUUUUUUGGGGCCCCCCCCAAGAGACUGGGGCCCUAAGCUAGAGCUUGUUGAGCUUAUACGUAAAUCCAGCACUGCACAGAAUCCUAGAACUGGGAAGGGAUUCCCAGAGGUCCUCUAAUCCUCCCCAUUGCCUCUUUAAUGCAAGUCUGCUCUCCUCCAGGAGAGAGCAUCCCAGUCACAAAGACCUGCUUGCCCGGGGACGACCAGGACAGCGGCCGGCCUUGGCGAGAGAGCUGUGCGGAGGAUUUCCGGAGACACCUUCUUUUCUGUGGGACGGAGGUCAUCCAAGCCAAGGGUCCAGUGAGAGCCGUCGUUCUGCGGACCGGUGGGUGACAGCAUUGGCCGGGAGCAGGGCAUUGGGGGGAGGCGGGGGAGGGGACUUCUGCCCCAUUUGCUGAGCGUCACCCUGUCACCUCCUGAAUUGUAGAACUGUAGAGUUGAGAGGGGCCCCCAGAGGCCAUCCAUCCCAACCCCCGGCAAUGCAGGAAUCGCAGCUCAGGAAUCCCUGAUGGGGGACCACCCAGCCAUCUCGUUCCCUCUCUCCUCCAUCCCUAAGGUCAGUGCAGAGAGGCCUCUGGGUUGGCCCAGUCCAGGCACCAGAUCUGAACUGGGAGGGCACGGGGGCGCUUCUCCCAGAUGAGCCAGGGGGGCUCUGGAGUGGCUUCAGGGCUUUGCAGAAUCCGACCCCCCCCCCGGACAUGCUCUCUUCACCUGUGCAAGGUGAAUGGCAUCAUUUUUACCCCAUGUGCCCCUCCCCUUCGCCUGAGCACAUGGUGGAGUCCUGGGUUGCGGUCUACAAAGAGGGAAGGGGGUGAGAUUCUGCUCUCCAGCAAGCUUCCUAGCCCAAUCCAUACAGGGGGAGCCAAAAGGAAGACAACUAGUCAAGGUUUAUUUAUGUCAUUCAUCUACAAAAAUAUUUAUAUGCUGCUAGUUCACAGUGGGGACGGGACGUGGGUGGCGCUGUGGUCUAAGCCACUGAACCUCUUGGGCUUGCCGAUCAGAAGGUCGGCGGUUCAAAUCCCCGCAACAGGGUGAGCUCCCGUUGCUCGGUCCCUACUCCUGUCCACCUAGCAGUUCGAAAGCACGUCAAAGUGCAAGUAGAUAAAUAGGUACCGCUCCAGCGGGAAGGUAAACGGCAUUUCCGUACGCUGCUCUGGUUCGCCAGAAGCGGCUUAGUCAUGCUGGCCUCAUGACCCGGAAGCUGUACGCCGGCUCUCUCGGCCAAUAAAGCGAGAUGAGCGCCACAACCCCAGAGUUGUCUGUGACUGGACUUAACUGUCCAGGGGUACCUUUACCUUUUACCUUAGUUCACAGGGGAGAAAAAGAAAAGUGAGUCACAGUAUUUAUUGCAUAAAGGCAUAUAGCAAAAACCGUAUUUAAAAAAAUAAUAAUUAACCAUCAAUUAACCAUUCAGAGAAACCAAGCCUCCACUAUCUCCAUAUUCCACUUCUCAUCUUCUGCCCUGAACCCUCACUUCGGGAACUGCAGCCCCAAACUCCCAAGCCUUCCCUAACCCCACCCUGAGCCCAGCCCCACAUUUAGGGACUUGUAACUCAGAGCUGUUGGGCGUUGAGGCUCCCCUUUUGCUGUUUGCAUUUUGGGUGCCAUCCCACAGGAGGCAGCAACAGCCACUCAUCUUGAUGGCUUUAGAAAAGGAUUGUGCAAAUUCAUGGAGGAAGAGAAGACUAGCCAGGAUGGCUGUUGGUCUGCCCUCAGAUAUUAUUACAUUGCAUCACAUUAUUAUAUGAGGCGGUCAUGCUUCUGAAUCCUGGGGGAAUGUUCAGGGGGGCAGGAGAGGAUAUAUUGUUUAUUAAUACCCUUCCUAACUUGCACUAGCAAGAUCCUUUACUUAGCAAAGUUUACAUUCCCCUCCUUACACGCGCAGCAGAUAGCUGGUUGCAGGUCGUGUGAGCCUCUCACUAUUAUACAAUUCAGUCUGUCUCAGAUUGAAUUGUAUGUUCCUGGUAUGUUCCCUUGAAUCCCUCUUAAAAUAAUGAUGAUGAUGAUGAUGAUGAUGAUGAUAAUUCAUUAUUUAUACCCCGCCCAUCUGGCUGAGUUUCCCCAGCCACUCUGGGCGGCUCCCAAUUGAGUGAUAAAAACAACACAGCAUUAAAUAUUAAAAUCUUCCCUGAACAGGGCUGCCUUCAGAUGUCUUUUCAAGAUAGCAUAGCUGCUUAUUUCCUUGACAUCUGAUGGGAGGGCGUUCCACAGGGCGGGCGCCACUACUGAGAAGGCCCUCUGCCUGGUUCUCUGUAACCUCGCUUCUCGCAGGGAGGGAACCGCCAGAAGGCCCUCGGAGCUGGACCUCAGUGUCCGGGUAGAACGAUGGGGGUGGAGACGCUCCUUCAGGUCUACUGGGCCGGGGUCAUUUAAAGCUUUCAAGGUCAGCACCAACACUUUGAAUGCGACAAUCUUAUUCAAAAUCAAUAAAAGAAGUUUACUCACAUCAGUUCACAGUUGGAUUCCUGAAGGCAGACUUAGUUACAAAUAUGUACGUGUGGAUCUACCCCAUAUGGGGGAAUAAUCCCAGUGCUUUUGCUAACUGAGAGCUAGCAGAGCAGUCCUAGCUAGAAGCUGGUCAAACAAAGAAGGAAGUCAAAAAGAGAGGGAAUUGCUGCUUGACUUGUCCUUUUGUUACCUGGACAGGUAAGGUCAAGCCCACCUUUAGUCACAUGCAAAGCAAGGAUGUUCCAGCCAGGAGGAACAGGAAGUUUCGACCGGCUGGACCAAACAUUCCCUCGCAUGUCUGCUCUAGCAUUACAAAGAAUGUUGUACUUGACUGCCUCUCAUGGAUCACAUCCCACAAAUCCCAGUUGCUGGAAAACAAAGGCGGGGAGAGUUGUCCUUGUGCUCAGAUCCUGCCUUCAGGUUUUCCCCACUGGGGCAUCUGCUCGGCCACUGUGAGAGCAGGGUGCUGGACGGUGUGGGCCACUGGCCUCAUCCAGCCCAGGCUCUUCUCAGCUUCUCCUGCUCUGCCUUCCAGGUUUCAACACAGCGAAAGGCGACCUGGUGAGGUCCAUUCUGUACCCAAAGCCCCUGAAUUUCCGCCUCUACAGGGACGGCAUCCGCUUCCUCCUCUGCCUCAUUGGGAUCGCGGCCGUCGGGAUGGUCUAUGCCGUCUGCGUCUUUGUCCUCAACGGGGUGAGCGGUUGGCGCCCAAAGAGUGGAUCUCCCAUGGGAUCCUCCAGGGGGAGGGGAGAACCCUGCUCAGAAACCCCUCCCUUCAGAAACCAGGGAGACACUCUUUGCGCAGAUGUGACACACACACACACACACACACACACAAUUUUUAUUUAUUUUCCAUUUAAUAUUAUACAUUCACAUCAUUAUUAUCUACUUUUCCUCCCUGGCUCUUUAGAGCCUAUCAACCUCCUUCCCUUCGGCCUCAGGGCUUUCAAAAUUAACCCUUAUAUCACUGCAUUUUAUACGUUUUCCAGUUCUAAUUACACUCAUUACAAAAUGGCUCAAAAUUUAAAUAAAGGUAGAGAGAUAGAAAAUUUCUCAUUGCAAGUCUUCAGACACCCCUGCUGGUGAUGUUAAUUGCUUAAAUAAUAAUAAUAAUAAUAAUAAUAAUAAUAAUAAUAACAAUUUAUUAUUUAUACCCCGCCCAUCUGGCUGGGCUUUCCCAGCCACUCUGGGCAGCUUCCAAAAAAAUAUUAAAAUACUGUAAUACAUCAAACAUUAAAAGCUUCCCUAAACAGGGCUGCCUUCAGAUGUCUUCUAAAAGUUUGGUAGUUGUUUUUCUUUGACAUCUGAUGGCAAGGCGUUCCACAGGGCGGGUGCCACUACCGAGAAGGCCCUCUGCCUGCUUCCCUGCAACCUCGCUUCUCGCAGGGAGGGAACCGCCACAAGGCCCUCGGAGCUGGACCUCAGUGUCCAGGCUGAACAAUGGGGGUGGAGACGCUCCUUCAGAUAUACUGAAAUAUCUUUCAGAAAUUUACUGCAAUCCUUUUGGAAUACUUGAUCAUGUUGGUUUGGGAUUUUUCCCGUCAGCUUCACCAGUUCUGGAAAGUGCGUCAUCUUCAUCUAGAUGUGACGGCUGAGCAUUUUGCAUCGUGGCCGUUUUGACAUUUUGGUUUUAGUACUUUUCCGGCAGCACCAUGUUGCUGGUUUCUCUGAGACGCCUGAAAGUUCAUCAGAAUCUCAUAUUAAAAUGAAGGCAGGACACUUUUAUUUUUCCAAACACAUUCCAACUUUUGCCCAUGUGGCCAUUUCCCUUUUCCCUCUGUUCCUUGUAUUUGUUGAUCCCCUAAACAGUGUCACGCCAUAUGUGGUGGACUUGUAAAAGGGUAAAAGAGUAUUGGGAAAUGAUCCAUAAUGAAUCGAAAAAAAAUGUUUAAAAGUACUUUCCCCAAUAAACCCAGAGUCCUUUCUGUUGGGGAUAAUUCAGACUGAAAUUCCUAGGUGUCAAAAAAGGUUAUUUAUGUGUGCUACCACUGAAGCCCGUGUUUUGUUUUGUUGGCCCCCAAAAUGUAAAUUGAGCCAGGUCCCAACCAAAGAAGUGUGGCAACUUAAACUGAAAGAAUAUGCACAACUCGCAGACUUAACAUAUAGAAUAAGGGAACCAGAAGAACAUAUGUUUAGAGAAGAUUGGAAAAUGUUUAUUGAAUAUAUGGGAAAUAAGUGUGUAUAGCUGAAAAUGUUGGCAGCAUUAAGAUAAAUUCAACAGUGUAAAAAUUUUUUGACGGAUGCAAUAAUGGAAUACUGAAUGGUCUAGUUUCUGUGAAAUAUGCUGGGAUUUAUGAUAUGUAAAAUGAACGACGGAAAGAGAAGAAGGGAAGUCAUUGAUAACUUAAGGAUGUAAAAUGAGUAUUUUAAAUUGUAAAACAGAAAUAUAUAUAUAUAUAGCAUGUCACUGCCAGUGUCUACUGGGGGCCCCUGAAUUUUGAACCCUCUACUUGGGGGCUGCCUUCUUGGUUGGUAUCAUUAGGACUGUUUUUUUGUUGGUUAGUUUUUGUUACUAUUAUUAUUAUUAUUAUUAUUAUUCUUGCUGUGGAAGCAGAGCAUAGCCAUUGAGGCUGGUAGGAGCCAUGGGUUUCACGUGGCCUUUCCAACCUGCCCUGCUGCUCCGGGUGCUAAUUCUGCUCCCUUCCCUGAGCCAGGAGGAGGCUGGCGAGGUGGUGAAGAAGGCGCUGGACGUGAUCACCAUUGCGGUCCCUCCCGCCCUGCCGGCUGCGCUGACCACGGGGAUCAUUUACACCCAGAGGCGGCUGAAGAAAAAAGGGAUCUUCUGUAUCAGCCCCCAGAGGAUCAAUGUGUGCGGCCAGCUGAACCUCAUCUGCUUCGACAAGGUGCGCGGGGAGGGGAGCCCGGCAGCCCGGCAGGGGAGUCAGCAGGGAGAGGAAGCCCCCUUGGCCUGGAGGAUUUCGGGGGUCUUCAAGGCUCUUGGCUUUGCUGAUGGGAAGCCGCAGAACGUUCACAAGCAGUCCAGGUAUGGCCACCCCAGCCUAGUGCCACACCCUCCUUCCGUCCAGCGUCCAGUCAGAUGCUUUUGGGGUGCAAAUCUGAAUUCCGACUGGUCUUCAGAGCUGCAGUGCUCCUGGAGGAGAAUAUUUCUUCCCAGUUUGAGACUGGUAGUAUAGUCAUAUCUCAUGUUACGUCUGCUUCAUGUUACGUUCUUUCAGGUUACGUCCUGCGGCGACCCGGAAGUACCAGAAAGGGUUACUUUCGGAUUUCACUGCUCGCGUAUGCGCAGAAGAGGUGAAUCGCAACCUGCGCGUGCGCAGAUGCGCCGUUGCGGGUUGCGCUCUUUUCACUUUGCGAACGGGCCUCCGGAACGGAUCCCGUUCGCCACCAGAGGUACCACUGUAGUAGCAGUAUUUCAUUUCUAUCCCGCUUUAUAUUUUUCAGAAAAACCUAAAAGUGGUUUGCAGCAUAUUAAAACAUCCAUAAAACAUUCUGAAGAAAGUCAAAUAUAGAGCGUACAGUCAAAGCAACAUAAUUCAGAGAAAAUUAAAUAGUAAAGAUUUCAAAAUAAAACAUUACAAGGGAGGUCAACAUGUUUAACACAAACAAAGUUAACCAAAAUAAACUUAAACGUUUCAAAAAAAGCCACACACACCACAUUGCUAAGUGAAGUCAAAUAUAAAAUGCACAUUUCAAACAGUGCAUCGUAUUUUUCGCUCCAUAAGACACACUUGACCAUAAGACGCCUCUAGUUUUUAGAGGGGGAAUGCAAGAAAAAAAAAAUUCUUUAAAGGGAGCGCAGAGCAGAGGCUGUAUGCAUCCCAGGCUCCGCUCAGCGCUCCCUUUCACAAGCCGUGUGGAGCAUGUGUUUGGCUCUUGCAGGCUUUUCCGGGAGGUGGGGGAAGGGACAGACCUGCGCGCUCUAUCCCUUCUCCCAUCUCCCGCAAAAGCCAGCAAGAGCUGUGUGCUCUUUAAAGGGAGCAUGGCUCUUGGGGGCUUUUCCGGGAGGUGGGGGAAGGGACAGAGGGGCUAAGCCAGAAGCUAGAACAGCAAGAGGGAGCGAUGCGCAGCACUCCCUCUUGCUGUUCUGGCUUCUGGGAUAGCCGCGCAAAGCCUCCUCAGGGCAGCCGGAUGAAGGCUCCCCGUGCCCUGAAGAGGCUUCUCGUGGCUAAGCCAGAAGCUAGAACAGCAAGUGAGAGUGCUGCGCAGCAAUCCCUCUCACUGUUCUGGCUUCUGGGAUAGCCACACAGCCUGCAUUCGCUCCAUAAGAUGCACACACAUUUCCCCUUUUUAGGAGGGAAAAAGUGCGUCUUAUAGAGCGAAAAAUACGGUAAUUGACUAUGAAGCUAAACCACGCUUGCUCUCAGCCUCUGCCCUGCGUCCGAAGGAGCACAGCACCCAAGGGAGAAGGGGCCCUUGAGCGCCAAGUGGGAAGCCCUCUAGGAGCCCGGGAGUGGGGUGGGGUUACCUCCAUGCUGAGCUCUGUUGAUGAGGCCCCUGACCCCCCAAGGAAGGUCCCCAGGCCAGCUGCCCUUUCCCCCAUGGCUCCUCUUCCUCCUCCUCCAGCUUCAGGUCUUGCAAUGCCUUGUUUUGUCCUUGCCUGCCAUCCUGGCACCUCUGACCAAUUCCCCUGCCCCUCCCCAGACUGGCACCUUAACUGAAGACGGACUGGAUCUCUGGGGGCUGGUCCUGGCCAAAGGAAAGAGGUACCUGCCUGUCUUGUAUUUCCACAAAAGAAAACUCCCUGUGUUGCCAAACAGAACACACUGAACAACAACAAGCAACACGUCAGCUAAUAAUAUACUGACAGUAUUUUUUAUAACACUACAGUGGACCCUCUAGGUUACGUACCGCUCUGGAUACAUAACUUUCGGGUUAUGAAUGCGGCAAACCUGGAAGUGUAUACUUGGGGUUUUGCCCUGCGAGCAUGCGCAGAAGUGCUCAGCACACCGCAUGCAUGCGCAGAAGUGCUCAGCACCCCGCAUGCAUGCGCAGAAGCGCUCAAUCAUGCCACACACGUGCGCAGAAGGGGUUCCUCUGCCUACGGACUUUUCGGGUUGCAGACGGACCCCUGGAAUGAAUUGAAUUCGUAUCCAGAGGGUCCAUUGUUUCAAAAUUCAUACACAGAAGAUGUAUAAUAUGUGCAUGGAGUCACAAACGAAUAAGGGUCAAAUCAAUGUUCCAUGAACAGGAAUGGCAGGAGUGGGAAGUCACUGUCAAAGAUCACUGCAAUGGAGGCAGAAGGCCUUUCCACAGUCAAUGUCCUACAAACGUGAGAUGAUGGGUCGCAAUAGGGUGCUCCGAGCACAGCAGCAGACAGGACAGGUCUUCCAGGAUAAUGAACUGUUUCAAUGAUAAUUCUCCAUCUGUUAGCAAUAAUAUAAAAUGAAAUCCAUUAUGUUCAAAUACAAUACAGUCAUACCUUGGGUUACAGAUGCUUCAGGUUGCGUUUUUUCGGGUUGCAGACCGCCGAAACCCAGAACUACCAGAACGGGUUACUUUCAAGUUUCGGCGGUCACUCAUGCGCACAAGCGCUAAAUCACACUUUGCACAUGUGCAGAAGUGUCGAAUCACAACCCACAUGUGCGCAGACGUGCUGCUGUGGGUUGUGAACGCUGUGAGUUGUGAACGUGCAUCCCUCACGGAUCACGUUCGCAACCCGAACGUCCACUGUACUGAGAUUGAAAUGUCAGUAUAUUAUUAGCCGACAUGUUGCUUGUUGUCGUCUCAUAUUUCCACGCAGCUCUUCAGUUUCCAGGGUGGUUUAGAAUGACUAAUAAUACGCUGCGCUGUGCUACGGUUCCUACAUUGCGGGGGUUGGACUGGAUGACCCUGGGGGCCCCUUCUAGCUGGACGGUUCUGUGAUUCUUGACUUGAAGACUUUUUGCAGGCUCAGAAACACCCCUGGGCCGUCCUUGUCCAAGGCAGCUGUUGGGCCGGUCCCUCUGGGCACCCUGCUUGCCUCAUGCCGCCUGCUCUCCUCUCUCCCCGCAGCUUCCAGGCUGCCCACUGCCUCUCCUCCGGCCCCCCGCUGCCCUGGGGCCUGGCGUGCGGAGCCAUGGCCAGCUGCCACUCCUUGGUGGUCCUGGACGGGAAGAUCCAGGGAGAUCCGCUGGACCUGAAGAUGUUCGAGGCGACCGGCUGGGUGAAGCUCUCUCUUUGCUGUGCAGAAGCUCAGGGCUCGGGGGGGGGGAGUGUGCCAGCGCUGGGGGGGGGGGCCGUGGGGGUGGGAGCGCUGCUUGGCCGGGUGGGAAAGCAAUUUGCACCCAGUUGCUUCUUCAGGAGAGCAUCUCUCUGCCCUGCUCUCCCCUCCAAGGGCACAGGGAUCACUUUUGGUAGAGACUGCUUUUCAGAUAGCUCAGCCGGAAGAGCACGAGACUCUUAUUAUUAUUUUUAUAUAGAUUUUUAUUAAUUUUCAGCAUAUCACUUUCAACAGUAAUUAAACAUAUUUUAACAUCUUAUACAAUUUUUUUUUUACUUCCAUCAAUCUCAUCUGAAAAUUUUCCAAUCUAAUCACUAAAUACUCAUUUCCCACUUCCUCAAUUACAUUUAACUCAUAACUGAUAUCACUAUUCUUUCUCUAAUUUGCAAUGCUUCAUACAUUUCUCUUUACAAAGCUUCUUGUAGUCUACUAGCGUAAUUUGUUGAUUACAGUUGCUCUUCAAAUAGUUCGUAUAUUUCUUCCAAUCUUCUGUAAAUCUCUGGUCCCGCAGGUCUCAAAUCCUUCUUGUCAUUUUAUCUAAUUCUGCAUAGUCCAUCAAUUUUGUCUGCCAUUCUUCUUUCGUCAAAAUCUCUUCUUGCUUCCAUUUCUGGGCUAACAAUACGAUUAUGAGACUCUUAAUCUCAGGGUUGUGGGGUUUGAGUCCCACAUUGGACAAAAUAUUCCCUUUUUUAAUAUAAAUAAUUUUUAUUAAUUUUUCAUUAAUAACAAUCCAAUCUGGGCACAUUAAUACGAUACCAAAUCAUGCUACAACCAAAAGAGCCAAUUAUUCAGUUCCAAAUUAAAUAUUUUUGGAUGAUGACCCGUGUUCUGGUUAUCAGGAGCUGAUGUUAUUCCUUGGUCCUGCUCCAAUUCUGGACAAAAGAUUCCUGCAUUGCAGAGGGUCAGACUGGAUGACCCUCGGGGUCCCUUCCAACUCUACAGUUCUAGGAUUCUUGCCCCCCGUACCUUUUUUUGGCACCUGCUAAGUUUUUGUUCAGGCCAGGCCACCAGACAAAGGGAAUGUGAAUGUAUGUUUUGACCUGUUUUUUAUUGUCCAUUGCAGAUUUUAUCUUUUGAAUGUUGUUUUUACUUAUCAUUUUUCAUUGUUUCAUUCUCUUUGUAAACUGCUUUGAUGUGUUUUGAUCUUUUUACAACUGAGCGGCUUACAAAUUUGGUGAAAUAAAUAUGAAUAGAUAAAUGUGAGGGAUGAAGGCACCCCCUCCCCCCCAAAGUUCCCAGACUGAUCAUUUCAUUCUUUUAAAUCUGCUAGCUAACUUGUCGUUUAAAUGAGUGCAAGCUACGUUAAUCCUAACUGGGAUCUGCUGUUGUUUUUAAUUUGAAUAAACAGGAAAUUGAGGAUUCCAGCAGAGAAGAUGGAGAAUGGGCAGGUGCCGUGAUAGUCAGGCCAGGAGUCAAGGCCCAGCAGGUGAGCCCAGGUGUCUGUCACUCACCUUGGACAGGUAGAGUGGGGAGCGGGGAGGCAGAUCAGGCAACUUGGUGACCCAGAAGUCCGUCUCCCUCCACUUCUGCAUUCAUCUGGGAUUAAUGAAUCUCUUCCUGCCCAAGGAGAGGCAGCGACCAGCUCAAGGUCGCCCAGGGAGUUUCAUAGCUGAGCAGGGAUUCGAACUCAAGCCCAGCACUUUCACCACUGCCCUUGCUCUCCAGGUCCAGUCCUUUUCUAGAUUUAAGUGCCCCCCGGUUGCUGUCAGGGGGGCUUCGGAGUGUGUGAUUGUAAUCGGGAAAACGCUCCGUGUGGGGGGGGUUUUGAAUAACUCCCUCCUCCCGCGGUGCCACGGCCCCGAUCCAAGUCGUGCCCCCUGCAGUUGCUCCAGGGCAUAGCUGUCAACUUUUCCCUUUUCUUGCGAGGAAUCCUAUUCGGAAUAAGGGAAUUUCCCUUUAAAAAAGGGAAACGUUGACAGCUAUGCUCCAGGACCCCUGCUGUCUGACCCCUGGGACCCCUGGCCAGGAGCCCCUCUCCCUCCUCGCUGCACCCGGUGCCCUGUUCCUCUUGCCUGUCUCCCCAGGGUGCUGCUGCCGUGGGCGGCUUGGCCAUCUUGCGCCAGUUCCCGUUCUCUUCAGCCCUGCAGAGGAUGUCCGUCGUCGCCCAGGAGUUUGGUGGGGAGCGCCGCGUCUACAUGAAGGGGGCGCCCGAGAGAGUGGUCGGCUUCUGCUGGCCAGAGACAGGUGACCGACAGCUUUGCUGGCACUGCCCCUUCACCCCCCCCACCCCAUGCCAUUUGAGGGGUGGUCUUUGCGGAGAACCUCCUUCCGCAGGGCCUGUAAGACAGAGCUAUUCCGCCUGGCUUUCAAUUUGAACUUUUAUUCCCCUUCCUUCCCUCCCCCUCCCCUUUUUAUGAAGAUUACCCGCUCUGGGAUCCCACAGCUAAUUCUCCCCUGGUCUCCUCGCUGGCCCAAAUGGGACUAAUUUAGCCAGCUAGCCCUGGUGAUCAUCUAAUGUUUAUUGGAUGGAUUUCCCCCCUAAAUUGAUUUUUGAAUUCUGAAUUUAUUGUUAUUCACGUUUUAUACUGUAUUUUAUGCUGUUUUUUCUUGCAUCAAUUGUUUUAAAUUUGUCGUUAGCUGCCCUGAGCCCGGUUUUCUGAACCCGGAAGGGCGGGGUAUAAAUAAAAAAUUAUAAUUAUUAUUAUCAAGGCCUCUCAGGACUGGGACUUGCCCCCCCUCCCUUGGCUAGCCGAAUUUGGGGACCUGCCCUGAGCCAGGAUCCUGCCCUGCCGUGGAGAGAUGCUCUCCUUCUCAGCAGGCAGGAAUGGAGGAGUGGAGAGGCUCUGGCCUCAAGCACUCUGCACAUGGGCAGAAGGGUGUCUCAGGAAAGGCUUUGGGUCCCACCCCUGGGCAGCCCCCCAGUUCUGUGCAACCGCCUAUGGCUUUGCUCUCCCUCCACAGUUAGAGGCAGCGAUGAUUCUGAAUCUCAGUUGCUGGAAAGAGCAGGAGGGGAGAUGUGCUCUUGUGCUCUGAUCCUGCUCACAGGUUUCCCUCUGGGGCUCCUGGUUGGCCCCUGUGAGCAGGACCGGAUUGAGGUUUGAUGAGGCUCUCAGCUACUCAAGGUAAUGGGGCCCUUAAUAUGUCCAGCUGUCCUUUGUCAACAACAAAUUGGCACUGUUUUUUUGUGUUGAAUAUAUGCUAUAUGGUAAUUUAUGGACCUCAUAGGUAUCUAAGCAAUGACAAACCUAGACAGCAUUUUAAAAACUAGAGACAUCACCUUGCCAACAAAGGUCUGUAUAGUUCAAGCCACGGUUUCCCCAGUAGUGAUGUAUGGAAGUGAGAGCUGGACCAUAAAGAAGGCUGAUCGCCGAAGAAUGGAUGCUUUUGAAUUCUGGUGCUGGAGGAGACUCUGGAGAGUCCCAUGGACUGCAAGAAGAUCCAACCUCUCCAUUCUGAGGGAAAUCAUCCCUGAGUGCUCACUGGAAGGACAGAUCCUGAAGCUGAGGCUCCAAGACUUUGGCCACCUCAUGAGAAGAGAAGACUCCCUGGAAAAUACCCUGAUGCUGGGAAAGAUGGAGGGCACAAGGAGAAGGGGACGACAGAGGACAAGAUGGUUGGACAGUGUUCUGGAAGCUACGAACAUGAGUUUGACCAAAUUGCAGGAGGCAGUGGAAGACAGGAGGGCCUGGCGUGCUCUGGUCCAGGGGGUCACAAAGAGGCGGACACGACUAAACGACUAAAAAACAACAAUAGGUUAUCUCAAGCCAUUUGCACAUGUUGCCAUGCCACCAGUCCAUGCAGAAUGUAGGCACCCUAUAUAUAGAAAGGAGCAAAGCAGGGAUAUUUUAGGGAGCAGAUGAGCAGGUGGAGCCCCUUAUUUACAUCCUAGGAGCCUACACAACACAAAACACUGUUGCUGUAUGUAGGUUUAAUUGUAUUUGUUUUUUAUCUUAUUUUUUUUGAAAUGUUCAUCCAGGUUUUUUCCUUUAAUUUUUUUUUGGGGGGGGGGGGCUCGAAGAGAGUGGGGCCCUAAGCUGGAGCUGGCCCUGUCUGUGAGAGCAGGGCCUGGGGCUGGAGGGGCCACUUCUAGCAGACUCUCUUUCUGUCCUUGCAUCCCCAGUGCCCGACACCUUCCCCAGCAAACUCCAGCAUUACACCUCUCGGGGCUUCAGAGUCAUUGGGCUGGCGGAAAAAAGUCUGCCGGCGGGAAUGGAAGUGGCUUCUCUGACAAGGUAAAAGAGAACGCCUGUGUGUGUGUGUGUGUGUGUGUGAGAGAGAGAGAGAGAGAGAGAUGGAUGUCCAGGACCCCCUGACCAAGGCUCUUCACCUGAGGUCAUUCUAAAACAGUGGUCAGCAAACCUACCGUGCCCCGGGCCGGUGUCUCCAGCGCCGAUCGCGCAGCGGGCAGGAGGGCAGGGGAGCGUGUGCCCAUACAUGUGCGCACAUGCUAUUUCAGGUGCACUUCCGGGUUGGAGGAGCACCGGAAAUAGCUUGUGCGCAUGUGCAUGGUGCUCCUCCAACCCAGAUGUGCACCGGAAAUAACGCUUGCGCAUGUGCAAAUAAUGCUUGCGCAUGCGCAAAUAACACUUGCACAUGCUCAAAUAACGCUUGCGCAUGCGCACAAGCUAUUUCAGGUGCUCCUCCGAUCUGGAAGUGGGCAGCUGCGCAGCACAGCGCCAGUAAGAGCGGGCGGCAGCAGCGGGCGGCGGGGUUCACCAUGGGCUGGAUAAACGAGUCCCUCGGGCCUUAUCCGGCCCGCGGACCUUAGUUUGGGGACCCCUGUUCUAAAAACUAGCUAAACCCAGAGGGAGUCGGGAGAAAGUCACGGGUCCAGCAGAGCCAGAAAGCAAAGCCCAGACUCCGUAGCAGCGCCUGAGGAGUUAGAACUCGCCUCUGAGGCUGGAGGUGCUGCCUGUUUUUUGAAGACAGCAAAAUCCAUGUGGUUGGUUGGUUCCCACUCCCUCGCCAUUUCCACAUUUGGAGAUAUUUGGGUUAUGCAGCCUUGAAAACUCAUGGAGUCAUCAGCCUGCGGGGAUAGAAGGGAACCUGGGGGUCGUCUAGUUCCAAAGCCUGCAAUGCUAAAAUUUCAACUCAAGAAACCCUGGCAGGCAGCCCUCGCAGGAAGGAGAGUCCUCCACAAUCUCAGGGAGGUCUGUUCCCCUCUCUGUUACCACCCAACCCUCAUUCCUGAUGUUUCAUCACAAUCUCCUUCCUUGGUCAUCUUGGUGGCCCACUUCUGCACACAAGCAGAGGCUGGAGGGCUGCUGCCAUGAGGUCCGUGGAGGCAACUGGUUGCCCACAGUGGGAGGCAGAAAGCUGGACUGGGCAGCCCUCCCUGGCCUGAUCCAGGAGGGCUCCCAAGAAGAGCUCUGCAGCAGGAUCAGACCAAGGGCUUCCCAGGUCCAGCAUUGGCCUUUUGCAAUCUUCUCUCCUAGUUCAAGGGCAAAGGCCUGACUCGGAGCCUCAUUCUGCUCCCCGCCAGCUUGGCCACUUCAGGAUGCGGCCAGCUGGAUCUCUGUAGCCCUGACCCGCCUGCUUCUUCCAUCCAAGGGAGCAGCUGGAGUCUGGCCUGACCUUCCUGGGACUCCUGAUCCUGGAGAACCGGCUGAAAAGCGAGACGAGGCCCGUCCUGGAGGAGCUCAGCGCCGCUCGCAUCCGGAGCGUGAUGGUUACAGGUGGGAGAGCCGGUUGGGGUGCUGGAAGCCAGUGAAAGAGGGGUCCCUUCGGUGCUGAGCUCCCUGCCCCAGUUUCAAAGGCCCCUGGGCUGCCAGAGCUCUCCAGAGGAGGCUGGGAGUACAUUUCCUUUCCCCCAGCACCAAUCAGCGUGCAAAGUGCUUUACAUCCCUCGUUUCAUUUAUUCACAUAGCUGUCCCUCAAGCUUCCCAGCUGUGCAGGGCCUUGAACCUGUAACAUGGGCCAAUAAACCUGGAACACUUCAGCCUGGGACGGGCUUUCAGAAGAACAUGCAGCCUGCCUCUCUCCAAUCUGUGGGAAAGUUCAGGGAUGCAGGAGAGGAUAUAUUGUCUGAUUAUAGCCUUUACAACAAGUUCCACAAUUUAGCAGAGUAACAUUCCCCUUUUUAAACUCGCAGCGGAUGUGUUUGCUCAGGCUCGCUAAAGCCUCUCUAAUAACUGUUCUGGUAUUUCCCCCUUAUUCCCUCAUAAAAGUUAAGACACGACACAGUCUUCUAUAAAAGUAUAAAAAGGUUUACUCACACAUCAUUCUGUUCACAAUCGGAUCCCAGAAGGCAGACUUAGCUUAGAAAAGUAACACAUACCUAGAAACUAUCUCAUAAGGAGACAGUCCCUUUGCUUUGGCUAAGCAGAUGUUGCUUCUUUGAUGCAUGUAGUCAGAGAGAGAGAGAGAGAUGGCUGCCCUGCCCUGUGCUUUUGUCGUUACCUGCACAGGUGAGGCCACGCCCACCUCUAGUCACAUGCAGAGGAAGUCUGUCCCAGCCCAGAAGGAAACAGGAAGUUGACCUGCUGGCUGGACAAACAUUCCUCCCCAUGUGUAAACAUGUUCACUCUAGGAAUGCUGUCCUUGUCUGCUCUUGUGCUUCACAUCCCACACAAUCCAUCCCUUGUCAUUGUCUUCUCUCUCGAGCUGCCCACCAUCAUAGAAUGGUAGAUUUGGGAGGGGUCCUCUUGUCCAGCCCCCUGACAUAUGGCCACCCAGCCUCUGUCUAAAAGCCUCCACGGAGGAAAGUCCUCCCCCCCUUCCGAGGGUGACCGUUCCAUUGUCAAACAGCUCUGAUAAUAAUCAUAAUCAUAAUAAUAAUCAUAACAACAAAUUUUAUUAUUUGUACCACACCCAUCUGACUGAGUUGCCCCAGCUACUCUGGGCAGCUUCCAACAUACCGUAUUUUCACUCUAUAAGACGCACCAGACCAUAAGAUGCACCUAGUUUUUAGAGGAGGAAAACAAGGAAAAAAAUAUUCUGAAUCCCUCUUGCUGUUCUGGCUUCUGGGAUAGCUAUGCAGCCUGCAAUCGCUCCAUAAGACGCACACACAUUUCCCCUUACUUUUUAGGAGGGAAAAAGUGCGUCUUAGAGAGCAAAAAAUACGGUAUAUAAAAACAUAAUAAACAUUAGAAAAUUCUUCCUGCUGCCAGAAAGUUCUUCCUAACCUAUAGUCUGAAGGAGCGCAGCCCGUUCCUCUUGGCAGAGCCGAAGAAUUUGUGCGGAGGGUCCCCUCUGGACGUCAAGAUCCCAACGCGCAGGUGAUGACGCCCCUGUCUUGACUUUCCAGGUGACAACAUUCAGACGGCAAUCACCGUCGCCCGAAAUGCCGGCCUGAUUCCUCCUGGCAGCCGAGUGAUCCUUGUGGAGGCGAGUGGCCAGCCUGGGCUCCCCUCGCCCUCCGUCACCUGGGAGCUCCUGGAGGAGAGCAAAGAAGACCAGGGCGACAGCAGCGAGACCAAGGUGAGGGUCCCUGGCGGCUCCCUGGAGGGGGUUCCUUCUCCCCGCUUCUGGAUCCUGGGUGGGGCUGGCAGAGCAGAGGUUUUGGCAAAGGAUGCCAGGCAAAAGAGGCCAUGCCCCAGGGGUGUCCUAGCCGCCCUCAGCACCUUCUGACGCAGCACAGAGCCCCCGAGUCUGGCCUGGGCAUCCGUCCCAGGGCACCUCUGUUUUUUUGGUUUUUGUUUUAAUUAAUCUUUAUUGGUUUGAAAUCAACACAUACACACAAAGAAAAUUCAGAAAAAAGAGCAAAGAAAAAAGAAAACAAAGACAUGACAAAAUUAUACCAAAGGGGAAAAAUAUACAAUACAUCUUUUACAAACAAACAAACCACAAUAUGUAUUACUGCUUCACAAAUGCACAAAAAUAUUUCCAUCAUCAGCUUCUGACUUUCUUGAUGUGGGUCCUUUUUUUCCUCGAUUCCUUGCCUCUGAUUUUCCCUAAAUCUUGUUUGUAUCCUUUUUACCUUAUUUCAAUUCGAGAGUUAUUCGAAGCAUUCUCCAGUUUCUAUACGGGGACCCUGUUCUUUUAGAUAUUGUUUAUACAUCUCCCAUUCCUUUUUAAACUUUUGGGUCAAUCAGUCUCUAUUCCCCCCCCGUCAUAUAUGCUACUUUCAUGUAUUCUGAGUGACCUGCCUCUGCCAGGUGGGAUCCUGGUCUGAGGCCAGAAGAAGCGGCUGCCUCUUCCCUUCCUCCUCUUUUGCAGGAGAGAUACCUGGAAGUGGGAGGAGGAAGAGGGCCUGAUCCCGGAAGGGGCAGGUACCACUUCUGCCUCGAUGGGAGAACCUACGAGGUCCUCAGUCAGCACUUCAGGCACUUGCUCCCAAAGGUGAGUUGGGACCCCUGGGGGCCUCUCUCUUGGGGGGGGCACAGCACAUUCAGACGGAGCCCUUCGUUUGGGGGAGGGCAACAGAGCGUCUGUUUGGCAUGCAGAAGGCCCCUGCUUCUGCCCUGUCUGGCAGCAUCUCCAGGUAGGGCUGGGAGAGCAGCUGCUGCUGCUGCCAGUUGAGCGGGCAGUACGGCCCAAUGGUCUGACCUGGAACAAGGCAGCACCCUGUGCACCAUGCUGUGCUUCCAAGGAGGCUGGUCGGAUCCAGCCAGGCCUGGGAGCCCGCCCAGGCUGCCUCUGCCCGCCCGCCUGGGCGCUGGCGCAAGCCGCUGCGCCCGACUCCUUCCCCAGCCUGCCCCUGAGGCUGGGCCUGGACUCUGCGCCCUCUUUCUCCCCGCAGCUUCUCCUGGACGGGACGGUGUUCGCUCGGAUGUCUCCGCCUCAGAAGGCCAGCCUGGUGCAGGAGCUCCAGAAGAUGGAGUGAGUGAGCCCAAGUUCAGGAAACACACAGCAGGGGUGGAGUGGGGAGGCAGUGUGGUGCAAUGGUUAGAGCGCUGGGAAACGCCAGGGUCCAAAUCCCCGUUCAGCCCUGAAGCCCACCGGGUGGGAGGUGGCCUGGUCACCCACUCUUGGCCUGGCCGAUCUCACAGGGUUGUUGGGAGAAUAAAACGGGGAGUUGGAGAACCACCUUAAGGUGCCCUUCAAAACCUCCAGAAUUUAAGCCACGCUCUGCCAUCUCCAGAAAUCUUGAAAUGUGUCUUGAGCUAUUAUUGCCACCUGGCUGCAGCAGAGGGAAUACAGUGAGCCUGCUCUAGAUCAUUAUAUAUUAUAUAUUAUAUAUUAUAUAUUAUAUAUUAUAUAUUUACUCCAGGCGGCUUACAGAUAAUAAGAGCAGCUAAAAACAUGGGGUGGGGGAUCAUUAAAAGACAAUUAAACAUUGGUAGAAUUAAAUCUAUCUCUAUACCAUCUGGUUGGCUUUCCUGAUUUUUGUACAAGUGCGCAGGAACAUUAGCAGCAGAGGACUGUUAAAGGGCUUCUGUGCCAAAAUUCCUGCUAGGGUUUCCCGUUCUCUGCUCAGAAGGCAGAAGUUGUGCUGCAAUUUGCCAACGCCUUACCUGACCCGCGUGACAUUGGGCUUAGCCAGGCUUCCUUUUGCACUGUGCUUUCCAGCAACAGACUUCAAAGCUCUGGGUUUUGUCUGGUUUGGUUUUUGCCCUCUGCAUAAACCCACGUUUUAGCGCUGAAUCAGAGCAAAUAUUGAUCUGCAGAAAACCUGUUGCUGUUUGCUCUGACGGCAGGUUUCCCCGGGGAAAGUGCCAGGGCAAAUAAUAAUAAUAAUAAUAAUAAUAAUAAUAAUAAUGGUUUGUUAUUUAUACCCCGCCCAUCUGACUGGGCCACUCUGGGAGGCUUCCAACCAAAUAUCAGAAACAAUACAGUGUCAGACAUUAAAAACUUCCCUAAACAGGAUGGCCUUCAGGUGUCUUUUAAAAGUAAAAUAGUUGUUUAUUGCCUUGACAUCUGCUGGGAUGGUGUUCCACAGGGUGGGCGCCACCACCGAGAAGGCCCUCUGCCUGGUUCCCUGUAACUUGGCUUCUUGCAGCGAGGGAAGCGCCAGAAGGCCCUCGGCGCUGGAUCUCAGUGUCCGGGCAGCAAAGAGGGGGGGAAAUGUUGGCCAGCAAAGAGGGGAAAUGGGCUGGAUCUGGCUUGUUACUUCAAUGUCAGGAGAAACUUUGUGUACAUAGACUCUGUUAUUGAAGUGAAUUUGACAGUUCGUGCUCAUACAGACGUGCUGGAUCUCAGUGUCCGGGCAGAACAAUGGGGGUGGAGAUGCUCCUUCAGGUCUACUGGGCCGAGGCCAUUUGGGGCUUUAAAGAUCCGCACCGACACUUUGAAUUGUGCUUGGAAACUGGGAGCCAAUGCAGAUCUCUUAGGACUGGUGUUAUGUAGUCUCGGCGGCCGCUCCCAGUCCCCAGUCUAGCUGCCGCAUUCUGGAUUAAUUGCAGUUUCCGAGUCACCUUCAAAGGUAGCCCCACGUAGAGCGCAUUGCAGUAGUCCAAGCGGGAAAUAACUAGAGCAUGCGCCACUCUAGCGAGACAGUCUGCAGGCAGGCAGGGUCUCAUCCAGCACACCAGAUGGAGCUGGUAGACAGCUGCCCUGGACACAGAAUUGACCUUUGCCUGAACAGGUUAAACAACCCUGAACACUCUGCUCGGACGCGGAGCUUUAAAGCACAAAUGCUCUGCCGAGAAAGACGAUGCAAAAGGGAGUCUGGGUGAGCCCUUUCUGCGUGUGUUUGCUUGACUUUCCCCCCUUUCCUUUCCCAGCUACUUCGUGGGCAUGUGUGGAGACGGUGCCAACGACUGCGGGGUCAGUAUACUGAACUAUAUUUCGAAACCUUCCAAAGGGGUCCAUCAUCUCCGGGGAGGGGCAGCCUCUUCCAGGCAGGUGCAGGACGGACCAGAUCCAUGGGCAAAUGCCACCUGCAAUUGGUCCUGAGCAAGGCUGAGAGCGGCGGCUCCUCCGAGUCCAUGGGCUGCUCCUUAGCAGAACCUGCAGCCGGAGCUCCCAGUUCCUUUCUCCCUCCUGGGCUGCAGAGGCCUGUUUUGCCCAGGGAUGCCCAUGGACCUGCUGCUGUGCCCUCCUUUUUUAGGGCAGCCUGCACUUUGGAACUCCCUGCCGAUGGAUAUCCACCAGGCGCUUCUGCAGUUCACUUUUUGGUGCCCACUUAAAGCACUCUUGCUUAGACAAGCCUCUUCAGGUGCUUGGAAAAUCAAUACAAGCUUCAAUCUGUUGUUAGUCUGCUGCUAUUUUAACUUUUCAAAAGUCUUAUAUAUAUAUAAUUUUUUUAUUAAGUUUUUGAAAAAAUUUAUACAUAUAAAACAAAACCAUUUCAAACAUUAAAAUACAGAGUUCUUUCAAACCCUUAGACCGCCUUCCCUCCCUCCACGAGUUACAUCUUUAAAAUUAAAUUUACUGCAUCAUUUACCCUUACCUAUCUAUUAUAUAACCAUAAUUACCAUAAAAAAUCACAUUACAAGUGUCUUUACAUCCCUGCCAAAGAUUUUUAACUGUUUACAGUGGUCCUUAAAAUAAAUUACAAAUUUACUCCAGUCUUUAGAAAAUACUUGAUCUUCCUGGUUUCAGAUCUUUCCCAUCAGUUUUUCAAAAGUCUUCGGACUGCUGCUGUCAAUUUAUGUUAUUGAUAAUUUUACUUGCUUUGUCUUUUCUUCGCUUUGUUGCGGUUUUUAUUUUUACAAUCCUAGAAUCAUGGAGUUGGAAGGGACCCCGAGGGCAUCCAGUCCAGCCCCCUGCAAUGCAGGAAUCUUUUUAGCCCACGUGGGUCUUGAACCCGCAGUCCUGAGCUUAAGAGUCUGAUGCUUUACCCGCUGAGCUAACUAAAAUAAACUCCCAGGCCGGCCACACACUUCCUUCCCCCACGGCCGCCCCAGAGUACUGCCAGCUGCUUCGAGGGGUUGCUGGCCUGCCGGGUCUGCAGAGCGCAAGGUGGUGUCUGUUUGGGGUGCUGGCAGCGGCAUCUCAGGGUGUGCCUGUCGCCCAGGGGUUCCUGCACCGCAAGCGCGUCCUUCCUUGCCCCAAGUCCUGAGACUGGGCUGCUGUUGCCUUUCAGGCCCUGAAGGUGGCCCAUGUCGGAAUCUCCCUCUCGGAGCAGGAGGCCUCGGUGGCUUCCCCCUUCACCUCCAAGACCCCCAACAUCGAGUGCGUCCCAGAGCUGAUCAGGUGAGCCCCAGACUCCUGUGGGGAAGGUGGGGCCCUCUCUCCCCCUGCUGAGCAGAGUCCAGCCGGGGGGUGGGGAGGCAGUGUGGAGAUUCCCCCUUAAGGAACAGACGUGUGGAAUUGUUACGGGUCACAUGCCUGUUUACAUUCCAGCACAGUAUGCUGGGAACUUUCGUUGUGUAUAGCUUUUGCUUUUCCCGUUCUCUCUGAGACGACACGAGAGAGAGACGACAUGUUUCUUUGUCCUGAUUUAUGAUGAAUAAGUCUGUAGUUGUAGUAUGCUUCCACAAGCCUCAGGCCUAUUCUGUGUGCGCAGUUCGCUCUGCUGACGGCGUGCCCUGGCUUUGAAGCCCAGGUUGCUGAUUUACGUUGGAGCACGGGCCGAUGGAAGGAGAGGGCACAGGUGGGGCUUGCCAGCUGGCCUCCCGACCCUCUGCAUGUCGACACGCAGAGUGGGGGUGCUGAGCUGGCACAGGUUGGCAGGAGGCCGCGCAGAGGCCCCGCUUCCCUCCUUUGCCUGGUUCCCAGUUCUCUAAGUCAUAGAAGUGUAAAGUUGGAGGGGAUCCCAAGGGUCCUGUAGUCCACCCCUCUGCAACGCAGGCCUCUCCAGGCCCUCCUUGCCAACCCUUCUCCCUCUCCUCCUUCUCCCCACAGGCAAGGCCGCUGUGCCCUCGUGACCUCCUUCUGCAUGUUCAAAUACAUGGCUCUCUACAGCACCAUCCAAUACCUGGGAGUCCUGCUCCUCUACUGGGUACAGGGCCAGGGGAAGGGGGUGGGCACGGGGAGGGGUCUCUCCGAUGGCCGGGUGUCCUCCAUGCCUCAUCCGGAGGGCCAGGGAGCUGCUGUACUCCAAACCAAGGGAUCCUACCCCCUUCUGAAGCUUUUACCCUCCAGAAGUUCUUCCUGAUGUUGAGCCGAAAUGUCCUUCCUCGCAACUUGAAUCCGUUGGUUUGGGUGCUGCCCUCCGGAGCAGCGGGAAUCCGGCUGGCUCCGGGCCCCCUGUCCAGCCAGCACAGAAGGGGCCACGUGGCUCCGUUUGGUGUGCGGCCGUGAGAAGCAGCGGCGGGUGGGGCGUUGGGGGUGCCUGGGCCCUGGACCCUCAACCUGGCUCCCUCCUGCUCUUCUUCUCCUCCAGCAACUGAACUCCUUUGGGAAUUACCAGUUUCUGUUCCAAGACCUGGCCAUCAGCACUCUCAUUGGCAUGACAAGUAAGCGCUUCCGAGCGACUCCGGGUUAGGGUGCCGGCCCCUCUGGGCUCCGGGGGGCCUUCUGGCUGCCCCAGGGACGUCCCCACCGCCCGCCUCUCUCUUUGCAGUGAGCCUGAAUCAGGCCCACCCCAAGCUGGUUCCUCACAGGCCCCCCGCCCGGCUCACCUCUCCGCCUCUGCUGCUCUCCCUGGUGCUGAACCUCCUCCUCAGCCUGGCCAUGCAGGUCUGUGGCUUCGUCCUGGUGCAGAAGCAGCCCUGGUAUUCCACCAGAGACCUCCUCAGGUAGGGAGGCCCGGCUGCUGCCUGGAGAUGGGCUGGGGGAGCCUCCUGGGGGAAGGUGGGGGAGAGAAGGCUGGCUCCUGGCAUCCCUGACUCCACCCCCGGGGUCCUUUUCAGCGCUUGCUCUCCUGGGAACAAAAGCGACACCGAGUUCCCUGCCUCGCCCAGCAACCGGACGGAGGCCGAUGUGGACAACGGGUACAAGAGCUACGAAAACACCACCGUGUGGCUUCUCUCCACCUUCAACUGCCUCCUGGUGGCUCUGGUCUUCUCCAAGGGAAAGCCCUUCAGGCAGCCUGUGUACAGAAACCGUAAGAGCAACGAGACCGGAUGGUGGGCUUGUGGGUGGAGAGAGACGUGGCCCCUCAGAGACCCCAAGAGCCAGAAUCCCCCUCGGAGGCUUCGUGCCUCCCUCCCGAGAGUUGGAGGUGGGCUGCAUCCAGACCCUCCCCGCCUUCCAGAAGCAUCGCAAGUCCUCUGCCUUUGGGUCGGCCUUUGGACAACUCUUGGUCCGUUUUUAUUUUGACAUGCUUGGUUAGAACUCUAGGACCCUCUUACCUAUGGGACCGCCUCUCCCGGUAUGCCCCACGGAGGACCUUAAGGUCCAUAAAUAGCAACACCCUAGAGGUCCCGGGCCCUAAGGAAGACAGAUUAGCCUCAACCAGAGCCAGGGCCUUUUCCACACUGGCUCUGGCCUGGUGGAACGCUCUGUGUGCUGGUCCCGUGCGUUACCCGAGAGGCGAGGUCCAAGGUCAAAGAUGCAACGUAGGUCCAAGUCUGGUCCGUGCUCAAAGGUGCAACGUGGAGGCAGUCCGUAGUAGCUGAAGCUGGGUGCAGGGCAGGGAGUCGGGUGAAGUCAGGAACAGGCUUGCAAGCAGGGAGCCAGGGCGGGUCAGGAGCUCAGGCAGAAUAGCAGGAUAGGGUUCAGGCAGGAACUAGCAACCAACAAUGUUGCUCCCGCAACUUGGGGCUGGGGGCUGGCUAGCUUUUAUCUGCCCCGAGGCAUAGGGCGGCCCCGAUCCUCUGGUGACUUGCCUCUCCUGGCCUGGAGGCGAGCACUCCUCCUACGGGAACUUAGUUCCCUCCGCCUCUCUGCCAUGAGCCUCUGCAGCUCAGGAGAGGCUGGAGGGUGACCGGACCCAGAGGCAACCUCACCUUCCUCUGACGGGGCUGAGAGUGGAGCACCUGCAGGCAAUGGGUCCUCCGUCACCUCAGGAGCCAGAGCAGACUCAGCCGGUGCCUGCACCUGAGGAUCCAGCACAGGUGAGGACCUUUCAGGCUCAAGCCCCAGUCCCGGCUCAGCUGGUUCUGGAGGUGGGGAAUCCUGUGCAGGCUGGGAUCCCUCAGGUUCAGCAUCCGAGUCCAAAUCCCAGGCCAUCACACCCUGUCUCAUGAGACCAGGGCCCUGCAGGAUCUGAUUUCUUUCCACAGGGCCUGUAAGACAGAGUUGUUCUGCUUGGCCUUUGGCUUAGAAUCAACUUGAUCCCCUCCCCUUCUUUCCUUUCUCCUUCUGUGAUGGAACUCCUAUUUGGGGACUUCCCUGGCUUUUUCUGGCCCACGUAGGACCAGUCUGGAUAGUUGGUCUUGGUGAAGAUUUGAUGUUUUCAUCCCCCAAAAGUUUCUGAUUUGAGUUUCUAUUGAAAUGAGGCUGCAUUUUAAUGUUGUAUUUUAAUCUUGUUUUUAAGUUGUGUCUUAAUUACGGUAAUUGUUUUAUAUCUGGUGUUAGCUGCCCGGUCUUGGCUGGGGAGGGUGGGGUAUAAAUAACAUUUAUUAUUAUUAAACCAUGAAUCAUGGAAUUGUAGAGUUGAAAGGGACUCCGUAGGGAUGCAAUGCAGGAAUUGCAACGGAAGCAUCCAUGACAGAGGGCCAUCCAGCCUCUGCUUAAAAAGACCCAUUGAAUAACAGAACCAUAGAAUUGCAGUGUUGAAAGGGACCCCAGGGGGUCAUCCAGUCCAACCCCCUGCAAUGCAGGAAUCUCAGCUGAAGUAUCCAUGACCGGGCCACCCAGCCUCUGCUUAAAAACCUGCAAGGAAGAAGAGUCCCCCACCUCCCGAGGAGACCCUUCCACUAUGCAAUGGGCUCUUCCUUUUGGAAAGUUCUUCCUCAUCUUUAUUUGGAAUCUCCUUCCUUGUCUUCAGAUCCCUCAGUUCAGAUCCCACCCAGAAAACCAGCCUGCUCCCUGCCAGCUCUGCAGGCUGCUGAAGCCCCCAGGCCCUCUCUCAACUCCCCGUGAUUCCUGCAUUGCAGGGGCUUGGACUAGAUGACCUUUGGGGACCCCCCGACUCUCCAGUUCCAUGGCUCUGUGCCCCCCCUCUCCCCAACGGCCUUCCUCCCCCCGUUCACCCCCAACCGCCUUUUCCUUCCAGAUGUCUUUGUCCUGGUCUUGGCACUGCAGCUGGGCGUCUGCCUCUUCUUCCUCUUUGCCCACAUCGAGGGUCUCUAUGCCACGAUGGAUGUGAGUAGAAAUGCCCCCCCCGCCCCAAGUGCUGCAGCUCGUCCCUCGUCCCCCCCCCUCCCGCUGCCCCUCUGGGGGUCUCCCGGUAGGCCUGGCAGGAGACCCCCCCCUAAAGCCCUGCAGGGCCACUGUGGGCAGAGCCCCCUUUCAGGCAGCUUAUAAGGUUCCUAUGUGGGAGGGGCCCCACUUAACACCCCCCUCCCUUAAAAUAAUCCUCCUGCCCAGAUGCUUAGGAAGUUAUUUAGAAUUUUAACCUGGUUUAGCAUUUUAACUUUUCACACGUUUUAAAGCAUUGUGAAUUUUUCGGGAUCAUUUUUUUUUUUUUAAAUAAACCACUUUGAGGGCCCCCCCCUUUACAGUCCAGCAGUGUAUAAAACUUAUGAAAGAAAGAAAUACUUUAAAAAAAAAGUAGCCCCCCCCCCCGCAGGAUCUGAUCCCCUGUGCAUCUCCUUCCCUUGCUGUCAUCCCAGACGUAUGUUUAACUGGGGUUUAAAAACAGCACAAUUAAUCACUAGCUCCACCCCUGAGUGGAUUGAGGGCCAGAUUCAGGGCAGGUGCUGGCCCCCAAGCCAUCUCAACAACCUGCAGUGUGCAAAGGCAGCCACUAGGUGGCCUCAUAACAGAAGUUUCCCCUCUGCUCCUUGCAGAGGCCUCUACCUUAGAUUUUAAAGCAAGGGAAAUUAUGCACCGUUCUGUUUUGCACCGCUUUUAAAAACACCCAUUUUUAACUGUUUUUACGGUGCAUUUGUAAAUUGCCUCGAGACACGUGGAGAAGGCGAUUCAGGAAUAUUAGUUAAUAACAAGCAUAAAAAUGAAGAAUGGUAUCUUUGUAACGCUGAUGCUCAGGAGAGCUGGUGGGCUUAGCGGUUAGGAAUGCUGGGCUAGGGAGAGACCCAGAUUCGAAUCCUGCCUCUCCCUGGGUGGGCCAGUCCCUGCCUCUCAGCCUGAUCCUACCUCACAGGGCUGUUGUGUGGGGGUGGGGUUAGAGACGGGGAACCAUGCCCCCCCCCUUGAGCCCUUGGGAUGAAAGGCAGGAUAUAAGUGCAGUACAUGAAAUUAAAUUGAAAUAAAUGAUAACAGCAACUGAUGCAACUACACCCAGGACUUGGCCAUUGGAGUAAAAUGGGGGGGGAGAGACUGCAAAGUGGGCAUGGAAAGGGGGUCUUUGGACUGGGCAUGCUUGGCAGGGGGCAUGGCUGGCAGUGCCCCCCACCAGAUGUGCCUUCUCCCCCUCCAUCCUCCCAUGUCUCUGACUGGCUUCUGCCCCCCCCCCCAGCUUGUCUGCACUCCCAUCCUUUGGAGAUUCUCCCUGCUGGGCCUGCUGCUGAUCACCUUUGCCGUCUCCCUGGUCGUCGAGGUGAGUUGGACCCAUUGGCUUCCCCUGCCUGGGCCGCUUAAGGCUCCCUGAAGGGCUGCAGGGGGUGUGAGAUCCUCCUCUUGGAUACACGUGGGAAUGUUCAGGGAGGCAGGAGAGGAUAUAUUGUUGAAUAAUAUCCUUCCAAACUUGCGCUAGCAGGUUCUAUAACUUAGCAGAGUUCUAACAUUCCCCUUUUAAAAUGUGCAGCGGUUAGCUUGCAGCAGGCUAGUUUUAGCCUCUCAAUAUAAGAUUCCUGGUAAUCCCCUUUAAGGUAAAAGUAAAGGUACCCCUGACUAUUAGGUCCAGUCGUGACCGACUCUGGGGUUACAGCGCUCAUCUUGCUCUAUGGGCCGAGGGAGCCGGCGUUUGUCCGCAGACAGCUUCCGGGUCAUGUGGCCAGCAUGCCUAAGCCGCUUCUGGCGAACCAGAAGAAAGAAAGAAGAUUCCACCUAAACAUUAGGAAGAACUUCCUGACAGUAAGAGCUGUUCGACAGUGGAAUUUGCUGCCAAGGAGUGUGGUGGAGUCUCCUUCUUUGGAGGUCUUUAAGCAGAGGCUUGACAACCAUAUGUCAGGAGUGCUCUGAUGGUGUUUCCUGCUUGGCAGGGGGUUGGACUCGAUGGCCCUUGUGGUCUCUUCCAACUCUAUGAUUCUAUGAUUCUAUGAACCAGAGCAGCGCACGGAAACACCGUUUACCUUCCCACCGGAGCGGUACCUAUUUAUCUACUUGCACUUUGAUGUGCUUUCGAACUACUAGGUUGGCAGGAGCAGGGACCGAGCAACGGGAGCUCACCCUGUCGCGGGGAUUCGAACCGCCAAGCUUCUGAUCCGCAAGCCCUAGGCUCUGUGGUUUAAUCCACAGAGCCACCCGCGUCCCUGUAAUCCCCUUUACUCCUCUUUAAAAGGAAUAGACACGACACAGUCUUGUGUAAAAAGUAUAAAAGAAGUUGACUCACAUUCAGUCAGUUCACAGAUGAAUCCCUGAAGGCAGACUUAGGUUACAAAAGUAUAAACACAUAGAAUCUAUCCCAUAAGGAGAUAGGUCCUUUGUGUUCUGUUGACUGGAAGCUGAAGAGAUGUUGCUUCUUCUACGAAUGGAGUCAGAGACAGAGAGAGAGGGCUUUGUGACUCGCCCUUUUGUGUUACCUGGACAGGUAAGGUCACGCCCACCUCUGCUCACAUGCAGAAGAAGUUUGUCCCAGCCCAGGAGGAAAGUUUUUCUACUGGCUGAACCAAGCACCCCCUUGCACGUCCACUCUAGGAAUGUUGUACUCGACUGCUCUGUGUUUCACAUCCCACAAUACAGGGCUUGUCCCGGCUGCACCCCAGGAAUGGCAAGGAGGUUCUUCCCACCUGCAGUUAUUGGGGCUGCCUGUGUUUUGAACAGAUCUCUUUGAAAUCCAUACAGUGGUACCUUGGUUCUAGAACUUAAUCCGUUCUGGGAGUCCGUUCGACUCACGAAACCGUUCGGAAACCAAGGCACGGCUUCUGAUUGGCUGCAGGAGCUUCCUGCACUCAAUCAGAAGACACGGAAGCCGCGUCAAACAUUUGGCUUCUGAAAAACGUUCACAAACAGGAACACUUACUUCCGGGUUUGCGGCGCUCAGGAGCCAAUUUGUUAGGGAGCCUAGUCGUUCGAGUACCAAGGUACCACUGUAUUUUAAUUCUGCUCGUGUUCAGUUACACUUUCAUGAUCAUCUCAGUUUGGGGCACUUUCUGUUUUAUCUGCAGAAGCUGCCUUGAUUCCUGGGCUGGGGGGAAAGCAGGCUAUGGAUAAAUUUUAUCUAUCUAUCUAUCUAUCUAUCUAUCUAUCUAUCAUCUAUCUAUCUAUCAUCUAUCUAUCUAUCAUCUAUCUCAGCUUUAUGCCAACAGCCAUUUGUCCGAAGGACACAGGAUAAAAAUGCAAGAUGAAAACACAAAACACAUGACUCAAUAACAAAAACAAAAGCAAUCACUCCAUCCCCCACACAAUUUUUAUUAUUAUUAUUAUUAUUAUUAUUAAAUGAAUAUGGAGCCUGCUGAGGCUUCAGUUCUGCUUGCUCUGCCUUUUCCCCACGCAAGGGCCUGAUCCCCCCUUCUCUCUUGCAGGAGGCCGUCAUUGAGAACAGAGCCCUGUGGGCGCUUCUGAAGAGAGCCUCUGGGUACCAGUCCAGGAGCCGAUACCAGAAGGUGCGGAGGGCCCUGGAGAAGGACCCCUCUUGGCCGCCCCUCAACCGAACGGACUCCGCAAGUCCCGACGCGGUUCGCGUGGCUGGCUUUGGGGCGGCUUACGGCAACCCGGCGUUUGUGAGCCACGAAGAGCCCGUCUGUGGGCCGAGCGUCUGA